GGGGCUGCCGAAGCAGCAGUCGCAGCCGCUCCAGCCUCCUGCUCGCUCACUCGCUCUCAGUGCCCGGAGCCGGCUGCCCGGCUCGGGGCUGUUCGCAGCUCCCGCUCCUGCCGGGGAUCCUGAAGCCUCUCCGGCUCCGGGGCACAGGACCGCGCGACCGGCUGGCCCGAGCCCUGGGCGCGCCGCGGAAGCAGGGCCUGAUGGCGCUGUCCACAGUGGGCCUCCUUGUUGGCUCCCUUCUGCAAGCUGCCCUCACUCUGAACCCUGAGGACCCCAAUGUGUGUAGCCACUGGGAGAGCUAUGCCGUGACUGUGCAGGAGUCUUAUGCACACCCCUUCGAUCAGAUCUACUACACACGAUGCGCAGAUAUCCUCAACUGGUUCAAGUGCACUCGGCACCGGAUCAGCUAUAAGACGGCAUAUAGGCGUGGCCUCCGCACCAUGUACCGACGGAGGUCCCAGUGCUGCCCUGGCUACUAUGAGAACGGAGACUUCUGCAUUCCCCUGUGCACCGAGGAGUGUAUGCAUGGCCGCUGCGUUUCCCCAGACACCUGCCACUGUGAGCCUGGAUGGGGAGGCCCUGACUGCUCCAGCGGCUGUGACAGCGAGCACUGGGGUCCCCACUGCAGCAACCGGUGUCAGUGUCAGAACGGCGCCCUGUGCAACCCUAUCACCGGCGCCUGCGUGUGCGCCCCGGGCUUCCGAGGCUGGCGCUGCGAAGAACUCUGCGCGCCCGGUACCCACGGCAAGGGCUGCCAGCUGCCUUGCCAGUGCCAUCACGGCGCCAGCUGCGACCCGCGCACUGGCGAGUGCCUCUGCGCACCGGGCUACACCGGCGUGUAUUGCGAGGAGCUGUGCCCCCCUGGGAGCCAUGGAGCUCACUGUGAACUACGCUGCCCCUGCCAAAAUGGGGGCACCUGCCACCACAUCACUGGCGAGUGUGCCUGCCCUCCAGGCUGGACGGGAGCAGUGUGUGCCCAGCCCUGCCCACCAGGGACAUUUGGCCAGAACUGUAGCCAAGAUUGUCCUUGCCACCAUGGAGGCCAGUGUGACCCUGUGACUGGACAAUGCCACUGUACAGCUGGAUACAUGGGGGACAGGUGCCAAGAGGAAUGUCCCUUUGGAACCUUCGGUUUCCGGUGUUCUCAGCGCUGUGACUGCCACAACGGAGGUCAAUGUUCACCAACCACAGGUGUCUGUGAAUGUAAACCUGGCUACAAGGGCCCUAGCUGCCAGGAGCGGCUAUGCCCUGAGGGCUUGCAUGGCCCAGGCUGCUCCUUGCCCUGUCCCUGUGACACAGAAAACACUAUCAGCUGCCACCCAGUCACUGGAGCUUGUACCUGCCAACCAGGCUGGUCGGGCCACUUCUGCAAUGAGUCCUGCCCUGCUGGCUACUAUGGCAACGGUUGCCAGCUGCCCUGCACCUGCCAGAAUGGCGCUGACUGCCACAGCAUCACUGGGAGCUGCACUUGUGCCCCAGGCUUCAUGGGAGAGGUGUGUGCGGUUCCCUGCACUGCCGGGACCUACGGUCCCAACUGCUCGUCUGUAUGUAGCUGUAGCAAUGGCGGCACCUGUUCCCCUGUGGAUGGUUUCUGCACCUGCCAAGAGGGGUGGCAGGGCCCGGACUGUUCCCUGCCAUGUCCCAGUGGGACGUGGGGCCUGAACUGCAAUGAGACUUGUGUCUGUGCCAAUGGGGCAGCCUGCAGCCCCUCUGAUGGCUCCUGCGCCUGUACCCCAGGCUGGCUGGGGGACUCCUGUGAACUGCCCUGCCCAGAUGGCACGUUUGGGCCGAACUGUAGCGAGCGUUGUGAUUGCAGUCACGCCGAUGGCUGUGAUCCUGUCACAGGCCACUGCUGCUGCCUGGCAGGAUGGACAGGCAUCCGCUGUGACAGCACAUGCCCUCCAGGUCGCUGGGGUCCCAACUGUUCAGUGUCCUGCAGCUGUGAGAAUGGAGGUUCCUGUUCCCCAGAAGAUGGGAGCUGCGAGUGUGCCCCUGGCUUCCGAGGACCCUUAUGUCAGAGAAUCUGCCCACCAGGGUUCUACGGCCACGGCUGCGCCCAGUCUUGUCCCCUCUGCGUGCACAGCAGUGGGCCCUGCCACCAUGUCAGUGGCAUCUGUGAAUGCCUGCCAGGAUUCUCCGGAGCCUUGUGCAACCAAGUGUGUGCUGGAGGGCACUUUGGGCAGGACUGUGCCCAGCUGUGUUCCUGUGCCAACAACGGGACCUGCAGCCCCAUCGACGGCUCCUGUCAGUGUUUCCCUGGGUGGAUCGGCAAGGACUGCUCACAGGCCUGCCCAUCUGGGUUCUGGGGCUCUGCCUGCUUCCAUACAUGCAGCUGCCACAACGGGGCGAGCUGCAGCGCCGAGGAUGGGGCCUGCCACUGCACCCCUGGCUGGACUGGACUCUUCUGCACACAGCGUUGUCCUGCAGCAUUUUUUGGGAAGGAUUGUGGACACAUAUGCCAAUGUCAGAAUGGAGCCAGCUGUGACCACAUCACUGGGAAAUGCACCUGUCGAACAGGCUUCACCGGGCGCCACUGUGAACAGAGAUGUGCCCCCGGGACCUUUGGAUACGGGUGUCAGCAGCUAUGUGAGUGUAUGAACAAUGCCACUUGUGACCAUGUCACUGGUACCUGUUACUGCAGCCCUGGAUUCAAAGGAAUCAGGUGUGACCAAGCUGCCCUCAUGAUGGACGAGCUGAAUCCCUACACCAAGAUCAGUCCAGCUCUGGGAGCAGAGCGGCACUCAGUGGGUGCUGUCACGGGCAUCAUCCUCCUGCUGUUCCUGGUUGUGGUGUUGCUGGGCCUGUUUGCCUGGCGACGGAGGCGGCAGAAAGAGAAAGGCCGUGACCUGGCUCCUCGUGUCUCCUACACCCCAGCCAUGAGGAUGACCAGCACAGACUACUCUCUCUCAGAUUUGUCUCAAAGUAGCAGCCAUGCCCAGUGCUUUUCCAAUGCCAGCUACCACACACUGGCGUGCGGGGGGCCUGCCACCAGCCAGGUCAGCACUCUGGACAGGAACAGCCCCACCAAGCUCAGUAACAAGUCCCUUGACAGAGACACAGCAGGCUGGACCCCCUACAGCUAUGUGAACGUAUUAGACUCCCAUUUCCAGAUCAGUGCCCUGGAGGCCAGGUACCCGCCCGAAGACUUCUACAUUGAACUUAGACACCUCAGCCGCCACAAUGAGCCACACUCACCAGGCACUUGCGGAAUGGAUAGACGUCAGAACACAUACAUUAUGGACAAAGGCUUCAAAGAUUACAUGAAAGAAUCUGCGUGCAGUUCUAGUACUUGUUCCCUGAACAGCAGUGAAAACCCUUACGCCACAAUUAAGGAUCCACCCAUCCUCACCUGCAAGCUUCCAGAAAGCAGCUAUGUAGAAAUGAAGUCACCUGUGCACAUGGGGUCUCCGUACACAGAUGUGCCAUCCUUGUCGACAUCUAAUAAAAAUAUAUAUGAAGUUGAGCCCACAGUCAGUGUGGUCCAAGAAGGCCGAGGCCAUAACUCCAGCUAUAUCCAGAAUCCAUACGACCUACCUAAGAACAGCCAUAUUCCUGGUCAUUAUGACCUCCUCCCAGUAAGACAGAGCCCUGCCCAUGGGCCCUCCCAGGACAAGCAGUAAGAGGGAUAAGCUUCCCUCUUAGUGUGCUCUGCUGACUAUUCUCUGACUUUGAAAGAAGACAAUCCGUGACUUGAAAUAUCAGUACAGAUUGAACUGGAUUGAAAGAAGCACUUCCAAAUGGGAUUGGGGUAACUGUUCAAGAAAGUCUGUUCACAAAGGCAAAUCCUAUCACCUUCAGCCCUAAAUGCAAUGCCCUGGAUAUGAUUUUUAAAACAUUUAAGAUAUUGCUACUCAUCAACAUCAGCUAAAUUCAGCUAAAAGAUAUGUAUUUAAUAUUCUGAAACAACGCUUAAGAUGCAUGUAGCUUAGGUUUUGCAAACUUUCCUAGAAGGCAAGGGGACUGGGGAAGGGAGAGAGCACUUUAAAGCACCUGAAAUGUGUAUGUGCUGUUGAUUGUUGUUACCAUCAACAUCGGUUUCAGUACCUAAGGGGACUGGUAUAUGGACACGAACUGUUCUAAUAUUAAUCAUGAAGUCUGUGUACAUAAAGAAUGGUCCAUCAAAUUAUAACAGCCAUAAUCAGUUUAAAAUGUAGCAUACUUCUGACAACUUGCAUUUUCAAAAACAGGAAUUUAAUAAAGACAGAGUCACUUUCUUCUGCCCUAUCAGUGGUAGUAGGCAAAACAGAAAGGAAAAAAUAAAAUAAAAGAGUAAUUAUUUCAAAAGUGCAGCACUUUCAUUCAGUCUAGAACAAUUUCUAUGCCUGUUUUACCAAAUUUUACCAAGUCAAAGUUCAAGAAUAAUGAAUGCCAAUCCUGGCCUGGUCCAUUCAUUAGUACACCUAGUACCCGAGUCAUUCUGUGUGCACCAGAGAACUAAGCUGCUGCUUUAAGAAAGCAGUCAUAGAGCUGGGAAUGUAGCCCUGAGGAAGACCACUUGACUAGUGAGUAAGGCCCUAGAGUAGAUCACCAGCAUCAUUAAAAAAGGUAUAGGCUGAUAAGAAUUGUUUCCCUAGAAACCAUCCAAUUGGCCCCUUCAAUUUACUUAGUUGGGAGUCCCUUGACUUGAUUUCAAGCAGUUCUUCACAGAUGGCACUUGAUGUAGCAUGGAACCUAAAAGUGUAGAAGAAAUUACACAAAUGUAGGCAUGGCAAGCUUAAGUUGCUUAACAUAUAUUAUACUUUUUGAUGGAAUUAAAUUAAAUAAAUGUGAAAAAAAAAUUUUAAGCCCAGGACUUAUUGAGAUGGGCAAAUAUGUAUUUCAUUAGGUGGUGCUUUAAAUCUCCUGUUCAGUAAGUCCAUAACUCCCACUGCACAGUUUAAUAGCAGGUAAACUGAGGCUUGGACAAUUCUGAAUGUGGCUAAUUCCCAAAUUCCUAUAGGACCCCUUCACAAGAACUAGGGGCGAACUGGAAGUUAAUGGCCACCCUUGUGCCACCCCAAGCUCUUAAAGAGUAAUAAGGGUCUAGCCAGUGAAAAUGACCUAAAAAGGGUUUACAGAAGAGGGACUAGAAGACUGUAGAGCUGCAUACUGCUACAGGAAGUGGGAUUGAUACUAACUGGAAGUCAGCUUGGAACCCCUUAGUUUGAGUAAGAAUCAGCAAAAGCAAGAAAAUAAAUAUAUAAGCAAAUCUCCCUCCUCACUUCACUCAAAGCAUAAGCCAAUUUUAGCAUUAGAGGAACAUAAACAUGAAUGCUGCAUGUGUGCAUGGAAGCGAGUGAUCAGCAAUAGUAAACUUUCCAAAAAAGCCUUAUUAAAAUAGAAACACUAGAAAAUUACUUUGUAGACCUAAGUUAAUAUUUCUCAAGCAUAUGUAUAAAGAAAUAGUUAAGAGACUCACCUCAGUAUUUCAGGGCCACAAGAGUUCAAUUAUCUUUGUGAAGCAAGGAUGAAGAAGCAUGGCAAAAUCCAAUCAGCAAGGAGAAAUGGCAUCUCAAUCCCAGGCUUUAUCUUCUUCCCUUAUCCUGCAUGUACAAUAACUGCUACCUGGCAAACUGCAGUCAUGCAAAUUCCAAGUCUCACUUCUCUCUUGCCAACUACCCUCUGCACAAAAGUAUCCAGCAAGAGGUGGGAUGGCUAGAGCAUCAGUCAAGAGAUGUUGGCACCACUCUUGUUAAGUCACUUGCCCUCUUUGGGCUCCUUUAUUUCCCUACACAUGAAAGAAGAGACACAGAGUGGGAGCAGAGCUCCAACAACUCGCCAACUGAAGUACAUUUCAAGCAGCACAAUUCAAUCAGGCAUUACAGAGGAGAAGGCAAAGGGCAAAGAUGUGAUUAACUAUGGUGACAACAGCAGCCUUCACAUAGCUAAGAGUUAGCACUAAAACAUUUCAAUCAUGCAGAGCUGUUAGGAAUUUCUGUCUAAUAAUCACAAAUAGGUUUGUAGUCGGCCUAAACAUGUGCACUGUGUAUUCUAUCAAUGAUUUGGAAAGAUCUGUUCAAUUAUUUUUCAAAAUGAAAACUUCAAUCCAGUAAAUUAAUAUGUAUACAAGUCAGACAAAGAACACAGUUAUUGUACAAUAGUGUAAGAGACUAUAAAAUGGCAAUACUUUUUUAAAUCACAGAUUUGUAAUAUAUUUGUUCACUGUGCAGAGGGACUGUACCUCAAACAAAAUAAAAUGAUUUCUCAAACUAACUUA